UAUUUAAUGUUCUGUAAUUUAAUUGAUCUUGUUUUAACUUUUCUCUUCACCGUUUGCAACUCUCCUUAUUUUUUUCGACGCGGUUUUUUUCAUCUAUAAAUAUGGUAAAUAAUGCAAAAGUAUGUAUUUAUAUUUACAUACUUAAAUCAAUUUUGUAACACCAAAAAUAAUUUUCAAUUAAGACAUUUUUUUUUGCUCUUUGUGCCCUUAGAAAGAUUUUACACAGAGCAAAAGCUUAUACGUAAUAUGUUAUAAUAACUUUUUCCAAAAAAAAGUGCAACAGAAAUAUCGAAAUGAGAAGUAGCUCCUGCGCGACUUGACCUUCGUAUAUCUCGAAAUGGGGAUUGAAUAAAUUUAAAAUUUAUAUGCAUUAAAUUUGAUUAUUUUCCUCUGAAAAUAUGCAAAAACAAUGUAAUAUUAAUAAUUUUUAUUAUUUUGUCUGUGGUCGAUCUUCUGGUGGAAAUGCGCAUAUAUUUUAUAUUUGUAUAUAAAAACAUAUUAUUUACCACAUUAAUUCAGAAAAUAUAAAGUAUAAUAUUUGAAAUAUUAAAGAUAUAAGUACUCUUAAAUCCGUUUAUCAAUAUACUUAUUUUAUUUAUUAAUUUAAAUAACCAUAAUUGUAUUCAUUAUUGGUAAAGGCAGACGAUAACCUUUCCACCUUUCUAUGGGCCUUGAGUGCGUUCGUCUCUGCUGGCUGUAAAUUAAGUGCAUUAAAGAAAAACAAGAUGUGCUAUCAGCGCGUACCACAAAAUGUAUGUAAUAUGACUGUAAAUAAGAUUUUUUUUUGUGGCCGCCGGUUUGUUAAAAAUCCAAAUUUGUCUUCGUCACACUAAUCCAAACGUAAACUUCUAAACGUUUACUUCUAUAAACUUCUAUUAGUAGAGUUUUCCGCUCUAGCGAUAAAUUAUGUGACUCACAUGAUUUGAACCAAAUUUUGUAAGAAUUGAAUAUUUAAUAGGUACAUGUACAUAUAGGCUAAACCGCAAAUAAGUACGUACAGAUUCUCUCUGAUGGUACAAGUCUCCGUUAUAAAUCAAAGUAUUUGAUUCUUUGUUGUACGUAAUGUAUACAUAUAUAUUCAUACAAAUACAUAUAAUAAAUCGAAAAAAAAAAAUAAAAAGUGUCCUUCACCCAGAUCGAAGAGAUCAGCAUUAAUGUAUGCAGUAAAGCUUUUGAACUUUACAGUUUCAUUAUGCUCAAGGUAAACGCAUACAUUCUAACGUUGCUCUGGUGGCAACAACAUAAUAAAAAAUGUUUGUGCAGUUUUAGAAUAAAAUAUUGUUAUUUACUCUCGCAACAAAUAAAGGAAUUUUUAUGCCAUUGCCAAUUGACAGAUGGUUUUUUAUGGCAAGCUUUUCAUAUGAAAACUAUGUUCUAAGAUUUGUUGUUAUACGAGGUUUGUAUUUAUAAAUUGAAUUUAUAUAAAAAUAUGUAUGUACUUAAACUACAUUUCCAUAAUUAGUUAAUGACAAAAGAUUAUAUAUAAAAUAAAACACCCUCGCAGGCGCAUUUCUUAUAGCAUACGUGGGAACAAAAAUAUUUUUAUCUAGGCUUUGAUGUCAUCGUAUAUGCUAUAGUAGUUCGAUCUGAAUAAUAUGUUCGCAUAGUGUAGGAUUACAAUGAACAAUGUCCGACAUUUCUUUCUGAGUGUUACAAAGUUCGUGGCAAAAUUAAUAUAACGGAUAUAAAUAUACACUUGUAGAUAUGUAAUCAUAUCAUACAUAUUAUAUAUGAUUACAUAUACUUAUAUGAUUACAUGUAUACUUAUUUAUGUCGUUAUAUGAAGGGAAGUGGAAGCUACUAUGUUCAAAAAAACAUUGAAUGAUAUUGAACUGUGUGUAUUAAUGAAUGACAGACGAAAAAUAUUUUUAUUUUUAUGAGUCAAGCGAUCGUAUUAAUUAAUGGCAAUAUAGACUUACUAUAGCUAUUUAACUUCACAAACGCAUAAACCAAUAUCUACAGUUUCUUAUACGAAUUACAACAAAAGUAUGAUAUAACGUAAUAAUUUUGCAUUUGCAAAUACUCUUUUUCCAUGCGGUCACAGCGGAAAUAGGAGAGGAAUCAGCAGACGUGAAUAUGUUUUAUUAUACAAAUUGUACACAUUAUGACGCGUCAACUACAAACUCAUAACAACAAUACAAGCAACAAAAACAUGGAAUAAUAUAAUUUACUAUAUUAACACUAUGUGCUAAUGCCGAAUAGGCAACCAGUAAUAACAAUAAAAGCAACAGGCGGUUGUUUUUACACAAAAUCAGCCAGCUGAGCUGUUGCGAGUGCUCAACUCAGAGGCGGCUGCUUGCCUGUUCGCUUGGCUUUUAUUCGGCUACCUCUGUUAGCUGGCUGACGGGCUGGCUGUUUUUCUGCUUGGUUGAUUCACUGACUGAACUGACUACAGCUCUGUCACCGUUCGCCUUUUGGAGCAUCGGCACAAAUCCGCAGUACUUGGAGAUUUCAGUCUAAAAUAACGAUCGAACUGGUGAACAACCGAUGCGGAUAAAAAUUUUAAUUCAAUAAAACUACUGUACUAACGGAAAUAUACGAAAUUCCUGUUGAACGAAAUUUUGAAUUCGCUUUUCGUAGGUACGUCGUUUAUGUGUGUUUUAGUGCUUAUGAUUUGGUUUUAGUUUAUUUAUCAACAAGUGGUUACCUGUGAUUGUGAGAGGUGUAUAUACUGUUUAAAUAUCUAAAUAUCAAUUUUUGUUAUUACGAAAAUACAAAGCAAAACAAGAAACAAAUUCAAAAAUAAAAAAAUAUAUGAAAUAAUUGGCAAUAAUAGCUUCGAAGUAAAAUACAAAUAAACAUACAUAUAUAGCAAUGUUGUGAAAGAAAAGAGAUGAGAAAAUUUGUCUCGCUUUAGGUGAUGCGUUUGUUUUUACCAUAGUGAUCCAAUGCUGGUAUCUUGUUUAUAUGGUUGCUUGUACUCCACCUUCAAAUGUGUUGAAUGCACGAUAAGCAAUAUUGUGAUCAACGAACGACAAAACGACGAGGUGUGAAGUAUUUCUACAGUUUCUUUGCGAUUCAGUCAUAUAUUUUGUGUUCGCUAAGAUUUAGUAGCAAUUCAAAAAUUUACGAAAAAAUACGAUUUUGAGCGAACUUAUUUUGUUUCAUAUGAGAUUCAUAAUACGCACCGCCACAAAAAUACGAAUGAAUAUAUUAUUAUCGAGAAGGCUUUAAAGUGCAAUAAUCACACACACAUACGGAUAUGAACAAGACGAUUACGUGUAACUCCAAACGAUAACUUCGUAUCAUACCGUACCGAAGUUGUAGUACCUAUAACUGCGUUCGUGACGAAAGUGGUAAUCAAAAAGACAUUUGAAGCAACAACACGGUCAGCGUACUAAAUAAAAUUAAUAUUAAACACAGCGCUAGAAAUCAAAACAAAGCAGAAGCUACAUUAAACAUAGCACUGCAGCAAAUCUGGAAGUUAACAGCUGGCAAGUGUAUUUUUCUUCUACAAAUCCAUAGAGAAGUUAUUAAAUUUUACCGGCAUUUAAAAUGGCAACAAACAGCUUAAAAUCAUAUAUAGUUUCCAAAUACGAAGGUUUGUGCAAUUAUAUGGAGCAGGACACAAUUGGCACCCAAGCUGCUAUAUAUGGUACAUCAGGUUUAAUGCUACUGAUUGCAUACAUUAAACGCAAACCGGCAUAUUUGGUGCGCCCUUUCAAAAAACCUUCGCACAUCCCAGAGAAGUUGAUAAAUGAACGUAUUAUGCAUACUGGACUAAUACGUGAUAUACAAAUGAAAGAUCAGGAUACCAUAUUGCUGAUUAGCCACAGGCCGCUGAUACCGAUAUUCGCUAGUAAGGAUAGAGUAUUGCCCGUUAAAUUGCCCGGGAUAAAAGUGAAUGGUAAUGGCAUAUCUUGGUUGCAAUCAUGUAUAGUUGGUCGUCGUGCCACUUUUUUACCGCUAGCAAAAAGUAAAAGUGAUGAUUUUGUUGUGAGUCAACUGUGUUUGGUACACCCGCCCAAAGGUGGACGUCUUAUCGACAUAUCCGAAACUCUAUUGAAAUUAUGUUUUGCACGAUUUGCGCCCGACGAAGCUGCAGCAGUGAAGCGUAAUGCAAAGUACUAUGAUCAUCUAAAGAAAGUGGAAGCGAGCGCAUUGACAAAACAAUCCUGGUUGUAUUGGCUAGCUAAACAUCCAUCACUAUGGAGUAUGCUGCUUGAUGCAAAGGCUAAAAUAUUUUCGCGAAAGUCUUUAUUGCCAGAACUAGUACGCUAAGGAGCCGUAAAUAUUAGCUAACGUUUGCUGUGUAGUAAACAGCGUGUGCAUCUUACAUAACGAUCUUGAGGAAAGUCUGCGAAUUUUAUGAUUUUCGAUUGCGUACUUCUGCAUAGAAACCACUGUGUUUUUAGUACUUAGAAAUUUUAAGUGCCUUCUUUUAUGAAUGCUUGCAUUUGUUUUGCAAUUUUUGUUUAAUGAAUUUUAAUUUUUGACAUUGUAUGUACAUUGCUCCACUCACAAUCUGGCUCCACUUUAAUGUAAAUAAAUACUGUUUAUAAAACGGUAGAAAAUAUAAUUGAAA